GGAAAUCAAAUAUGGAAUUUAGUAUGUGUAAUCCAUUACUUUUUAUCAUAUGGAUUAAUAUUAUGUGUUCUGCUUCCUGUCACGAUAAGCCUACAUUACUUAUAACUAACAAGACGAAAGUGGAAAGCAGCUCUCUGUAUGUAUCGGGAUCUUACUCCGGAGAUGCAAACAAAACCAUCGAUAGAAACUUCAAUCAGAGUUAUGUUGAUUGUAUGCACACGGCCCCAAGACAGUCAGAGGCCUGGUUAAAUAUUGACCUCGGUAGAGUCUUCAAUUUGAAAAGUGUUCGAAUAUGGUACAGGAGUGACCGUGGAGCGUACAGUACUAAAAGACUGAGCAGAUUUUCAGUACUUGUAUCAAAUAAUUCAGGAUGGAGUGUUAAUGACACCUGUUAUCAGGAUUCCGGAAAUGCUACUCUUAAAACAGUGCUUGAAGUGAAUUGUUUUCAUACAGCUCGAUAUGUUAAGAUAUACGCAAAAAAGAAUAUUGAUGGGGAUCCUAUUCUUGAGAUCUGUGAGCUGGAGAUUUACGGGGGAAAAGACCAAAACACGAAAAGACUCAAAGGAGUUUCCAUUUUUGCGUCAUAUGAGCCAGUUGUGACGUCAUACACAUCAACAGUAGAUAAGAGGUACCAAUGUUAUAAAGAUCCAGGAAAUGUGACUCUUGAUACAGAACUUGAAUUAAACUGUACACGUUUAGCGCAAUAUGUAACGAUUUACAAUGAUCAGAUGAAUGACGAAAAUGGUGUAUUUCUGGAGAUCUGUGAAGUGGAGAUUUACGGAUGCCCGCGUCGUAGAUAUGUCAAAGAUUGUACUCCAUGUGAUACGUGUAAAGCUGAAUGCGACGUAACGGGGCGGUGUGAUAUGCUCGGUUGUAAAGAAGGGUAUCAUCCACCAUUUUGCAAAGUAUGUAGUCCUGGAAGAUAUGGCAAAGAUUGCAAAGAGGUAUGUGGUUACUGUGAAAGAAAUGAGCCAUGUAAUCAUAUCACUGGAUCCUGUCCUGGAUUGUGUGAACCCGGAUAUUAUGGAGAAAAAUGUCUCACACCAUGUACGUUUGGAAGGUAUGGCGAAGGCUGUAAGGGAAUAUGUGGUCACUGUGAAAGCAAUAAAACUUGUAAUUAUGUCAAUGGAUCCUGUUCCGGGCUAUGUGAACCUGGAUAUCAUGGGGAGAACUGCCUAACAAAAUGCAAGGAUGGCUGGUUUGGCAAAGAAUGUAAAGAACGUUGUGGUUACUGUAGAGGUAACAAACCAUGCCAUCACGUGACCGAAUCUUGUUCUGGAUUAUGUGAAGCUGGAUUCCAUGGGGAGAAUUGUGAAAACGGUGUAUCGUAUCAAAUUCUUGCUGGCGUGAGGGAAUUGCUUAAUUUAAUGACGGAGCUAAUUUCACACCGAAGACGAAAAAGUGACCUGAAAGAAAAAGGCACAUCUCCAACUGAUUUUAAAUAAGGGACAGACACGCUCUUUGUCGUAACAAAACUUUUAUUGUCAGAUUUUAUUACAAUUAUCUGUUUUUAUCUGUCCGUGCAAAGGACGUUUUAACCCCUCUCACAUGUUUGGGUAUCCAGCAUUGAUAUUUUGCAUGUAUAGAGUAUCACUUGCAGGGCUUGCUCUGGUAUUCCAUUUUUUAAAGAAAGUUAUGGUUCAGCGUUUCUGAGCUAAGGUAUUUCAUAAUUUCAUGUUAGUUAUUUGCAGUGUAAAAUAUAAUUCAUUUUUCCUAAAACAUCCAGUAGCCGCAUUUCUCAUCAUGUUAGCAUGUUUUGUUUUUUUUUCAUUUAAUACGAUAUCUAUGUUUAGUAACAUGUAUCUGAAUAU